UCCUAGGGGUGAAGUAGCUUCUCAAGAAACACUACCUCACUCUAAAAUUGACACUCCCAAUAUUAUUGCCUCUACUCUCCGAUAUGCUCACAUUCAAUAGACAUAACACCGUUUAGGGUUUAUUAAAGUGAAAACUCGAACAAACAGAUCGAUAAUAUUUUUCUAUAUAUAGCGAUUCUUCUGCAUCAUCAUACCGAGCUAGUCGCUGUUUGUGUGUGCGCGGUUGUGUGAGGCAAUUGUUUUUCAAAGCUUUUCCUUUUCUGCGAUGAAAUUUAUUCAAAGAUGUAGAACUUUUGACUAAUGCAUCCUUGUUGAAAUUAAGCAAACCCAUAGACUUUGGAGGUCCCAAAAAUGGCAAAUUUGACUAUUACAAACAUACUCGAGAAGAUGACGGGCAAGGACAAGGACUACAGAUAUAUGGCGACUUCUGACUUGCUAAAUGAGUUAAACAAGGAGGGGUUUAAGCUUGAUGUUGAGCUUGAAGGGAAGUUAUCAAGCACAGUUUUGCAGCAGCUUGAUGAUGCAGCCGGUGAUGUUUCUGGAUUGGCUGUGAAAUGUCUUGCUCCAUUGGCGAAGAAGGUUAGUGAGCAGCAAAUUUUAGAGAUGACUAAUAGGCUUUGUGAUAAACUUCUUAAUGGAAAAGAACAACACCGGGAUAUUGCAAGCAUAGCUUUGAAGACUAUUGUUUCUGAAGUUCCUUCAUCAUCUAUUGCUCAAUCCGUCCUCGUCUCAAUUUCACCAAAGUUAAUAAAAGGGAUCACUGCUCCAGGAAUGAGCACUGAGAUUAAGUGUGAAUGUCUUGACAUACUAUGUGAUGUUCUUCACAAGUACGGGAAUCUGAUGGCUUCUGAUCAUGAGGCAUUGUUAACUUCGUUAUUGCCCCAGUUGAGUUCCAAUCAAGCCAGUGUCAGGAAGAAGACAGUCUCAUGUAUAGCAUCUUUAUCUUCGAGUUUGUCUGAUGAUUUGCUGGCAAAGGCGACUGUUGAAGUUGUUCGCCUUUUGAGCCAUAAGGGCUCAAAAUCGGAGAUGAUACGAACUAACAUUCAGAUGAUUGGGGCCUUAAGCCGUGCUGUUGGCUAUCGUUUUGGUCCCCACCUCGGAGAGACAGUUCCAAUGCUAAUUAACUACUGUACAAGUGCAUCUGAAAAUGAUGAGGAGCUUCGUGAAUAUAGUCUGCAGGCACUUGAGAGCUUUUUGCUAAGGUGUCCCCGGGAUAUUUCUUACUACUGUGAUGAAAUUUUGCACCUCACCCUGGAAUAUCUUAGCUAUGACCCCAACUUCACCGACAAUAUGGAGGAAGAUAUUGAUGAAGAAAUUCUUGAUGAAGAGGAAGAUGACGAGAGUGCUAAUGAAUACACUGACGAUGAAGAUGUCAGUUGGAAGGUUAGAAGAGCUGCUGCCAAAUGCUUAGCAGCAUUGAUAGUUACUCGGCCUGAGAUGCUAUCAAAGCUGUAUGAGCAGGCUUGUCCAAAGUUGAUUGACAGGUUUAAAGAAAGAGAAGAGAAUGUUAAGAUGGAUGUGUUUAGUACAUUCAUUGAGCUGUUGCGACAAACGGGCAAUGUAACAAAAGGACAUACUGAUCUGGAUGAAUCUAGUCCUAGAUGGCUAUUGAAGCAAGAAGUGCCCAAGAUUGUUAGAUCUUUAAAUAAGCAGCUUCGGGAAAAAUCUGUGAAGACAAAGGUUGGCGCCUUUUCAGUUUUGAAAGAACUUGUGGUCGUCCUUCCUGAUUGCCUUGCAGAGCACAUUGGAUCCCUUAUUCCUGGAAUUGAGAAGGCAUUAUGUGACAAGUCUUCCACAUCAAAUUUAAAGAUUGAAGCUCUCAUAUUUACAAGAUUAGUGUUGGCAUCACAUUCACCUCUUGUUUUCCACCCACAUAUUAAGGCUAUAUCUAGUCCUGUUAUAUCUGCUGUUGGUGAACGGUAUUACAAGGUUACUGCAGAUGCAUUAAGAGUUUGUGGUGAGCUUGUGCGGGUAUUACGGCCAAAUAUCGAGGGUUCCGCUUUUGAUUUCAAACCCUAUGUUCAUCCAAUAUAUAAUGCCAUAAUGGCGCGUUUGACAAACCAAGAUCAGGAUCAGGAGGUUAAGGAGUGUGCAAUUUCUUGCAUGGGGCGCGUAGUUUCAACAUUUGGUGAUCACCUGCAAGCUGAAUUAUCUGCAUGUCUUCCAGUUCUCGUGGACCGAAUGGGCAAUGAAAUAACUAGACUGACAGCUGUCAAGGCUUUUGCUGUCAUAGCUGCUUCUCCUUUGCACCUGGAUCUUUCAUGUGUCAUCGAGCAAGUGAUUUCUGAGUUAACCGCGUUCUUACGCAAGGCCAAUCGGGCUCUCAGACAAGCUACUCUAGGGACCUUGAACACCCUCAUCGUAGCUUAUGGUGAUAAAAUUGGAUCUGCUGCUUAUGAAGUUAUUGUUAUGGAACUUUCUACACUAAUAAGUGACUCAGACUUACACAUGACGGCACUUGCGCUGGAGCUUUGCUGUACAUUAAUGGCUGACAGAAGGUCAAGCGCAAAUGUGGGUUUGACUGUGAGAAACAAAGUUCUUCCUCAAGCCUUAACACUAGUGAGAAGUUCACUACUUCAGGGGCAAGCCCUUCUGGCUCUUCAAAACUUCUUCGCUGCAUUGGUUUCCUCUGCCAAUACAAGCUUUGAUACUCUGCUGGAUUCUCUCCUUUCAACUGCUAAACCAUCUCCCCAGUCUGGCGGUGUUACCAAACAAGCUUUAUUUUCCAUUGCUCAAUGUGUGGCAGUUCUUUGUCUUGUCGCUGGUGAUCAGAAGUGUUCUUCUACUGUAAACAUGUUGACAGACAGCCUGAAAGAUGAUAGUAGUACUAAUUCGGCCAAGCAACAUCUUGCCUUGCUAUGCUUAGGGGAAAUUGGAAGAAGGAAGGACUUAAGUUCACAUGCCCAUAUCGAAAAUAUUGUCAUUGAGUCCUUCCAAUCACCUUUUGAAGAGAUAAAGUCAGCUGCCUCUUAUGCUCUUGGAAACAUUGCUGUGGGUAAUCUACCGAAGUAUUUACCCUUUAUCUUAGACAAAAUUGAUAAUCAGCAGAAGAAGCAGUACCUACUGCUCCAUUCUUUGAAAGAGGUCAUAGUGAGACAGUCUGUAGAUAAUGCUGAAUUCCAGGACUCAAGUGUGGAUAAAAUACUUAAUUUGCUCUUUAAUCAUUGUGAAAGUGACGAAGAGGGUGUUCGGAAUGUCGUAGCUGAGUGCCUGGGAAAAAUUGCACUUAUUGAACCUGGCAAACUCGUUCCAGCACUGAAGGAGCGGAUUAGUAACCCAGCUGCAUUCACCAGAGCGACUGUCGUAAUUGCUGUGAAAUAUUCCAUAGUUGAGCGGCCAGAGAAGAUAGAUGAAAUCUUGUCUCAUGAAAUUUCAUCUUUCUUGAUGCUUAUUAAGGAUAAAGACCGGCACGUUAGGCGUGCAGCUGUCCUGGCCUUGAGUACCGCAGCUCAUAACAAGCCUAACCUGAUAAAGGGCCUUCUACCUGAACUCCUGCCACUUCUAUAUGAUCAGACAAUAAUUAAGAAAGAAUUGAUAAGGACGGUUGAUCUAGGCCCCUUCAAGCAUACAGUUGAUGAUGGACUUGAACUGAGAAAGGCAGCUUUUGAAUGUGUAGACACUUUGUUGGACACAUGUCUUGAUCAAGUGAAUCCCUCAUCUUUCAUUGUUCCAUAUCUUCAAUCUGGUCUGGAUGAUCAUUAUGAUGUUAAAAUGCCAUGCCACCUUAUCCUUUCUAAACUUGCUGAUAAGUGCCCUUCAGCGGUAUUAGCAGUUCUGGAUUCUUUGGUGGAUCCUCUGCAGAAAACAAUAAAUUUCAGACCAAAACAGGAUGCUGUCAAGCAAGAAGUUGAUCGCAACGAAGACAUGAUUCGAAGUGCCCUUCGAGCAAUUGCAUCUUUAAAUCGUAUCAGUGGAGGAGACUACAGCCACAAGUUCAAGAAUCUAAUGGGUGAAAUUGGGAAGUCACAGACACUCUGGGAGAAGUAUUGUUCUAUCAGGAAUGAGUGACUUUCCCAGCCUUUUUUAUCUUUUGGGCUGCAAGUGCAAGAGAGAACUUCCAAACAAGGUUCCUUAGAUUUCAGUUGUACAAGUGGGACAAGUAUAGUUUUACAGCAAGGAAAGUGAAAUGGGGCAUUUCUGAUAGAAAAUGGGCUCGCGGAGAAAGCAUAUAGGGAUGCUAAUUGAAUCAAUGCUACCAUGGAAUAUUUAAAGCACUUUACCUUGUAUAGGUUUGGUCUUAGCAUUUUGGUUUGUCAUAUAUGCAAUGCACAUUGUAAUUUGGCUCCUUAUUUUUGUCUAAUUGGUUUUGGGUUCAUGGAUGUUCAUUUGAGUUUUCUUGUGCGGAAGUCUAUGAACCUAUUCUAGAGUACUUCAUGAGAUAUUUUCCCCUUUUUUGGUAUUUACUUAAAGCACCUAUUUGUUCAGGUUAAAUACUGAUAAUUUUCUUUUUGGAUUC